AUGAGGCUAUUAUCGUUGUUGUUCUUUGCCUUCCUUGUUAGGUUCAUCCAUGGUGAAACCCACACUUGGUACUUCGAAACCGGAUGGGUUGACGCCAACCCAGAUGGGGUGUUCGAGAAGAAAAUGAUUGGUUUCAAUGGCAGUUGGCCAUUGCCCACCUUGAGAGUCAAGAAGGGCGACAGAAUCAACUUGUACUUAAUCAACGGCUUUAAUGACAGAAACACCACCUUGCACUUCCACGGCAUGUUCCAGAACGGCACUGGCCAGAUGGAUGGCCCUGAAAUGGUUACCCAAUGUCCAAUUCCUCCUGGCGAGACUUACUUGUACAACUUCACUGUUGCUGACCAGGUCGGUACUUUCUGGUACCACUCGCACACCUCAGGCCAGUAUGGUGAUGGUAUGAGAGGUGCGUUCAUCAUUGAGGACGAUGACUUCCCAUAUGACUACGACGAAGAGGUGGUGUUGACUCUUAGUGAGCACUACCACAAGAACUCCGACGAAUUGACCCCAGCUUUCUUGAGCAGAUACAACCCUACUGGUGCGGAGCCAAUCCCACAGAACAUCUUGUUCAACGAAACCAGAAACAACACCUGGAAGGUCGAGCCCAACAAGACGUAUCUCUUGAGAAUCGUCAACGUUGGUAGAUUCGUCAGUCAGUUCUUGUGGAUGGAAGACCACGAGUUCGAAGUGGUCGAAAUCGACGGUAUCUACGUCGAGAAGAACACUACCGACAUGAUCUACAUCACCACUGCCCAAAGAUACACUGCCUUGGUCAGAACCAAGAGUGACACCUCCAAGAACUACGCGUUCAUGGCUGCCAUCGACGAAACCAUGUUGGAUGUCAUUCCUGGAGACUUGCAGCUCAACGGUACCAACUAUAUUGUUUACGACGACAACAAUGAUAAGCCUGAAGCAGUUACUGUCGACUCGUGGGAAGACAUCUUGGACGACUUCUACUUGAAGCCUCUUUCCAACACCACUCUUUUCGAUGAGCCUGACUUGACUGUCACUGUGGACAUUGCCAUGGACAACUUGGGUAACGGUGUCAACUAUGCUUUCUUCAACAACAUCACCUACACUAGACCAGUCGUUCCUACUUUGUUGACUGCCUUGUCUGCUGGUGAAUUUGCUACCAACGAAUUGGUUUACGGUACCAACACCCACAGUAUCGUCUUGCAAGGUGGUGAUGUCAUUGAUCUUGUCUUGAACAACCACGAUCCCGGAACCCAUCCUUUCCACUUGCACGGUCAUACUUUCCAAGUCAUUGAAAGAGGUCCUGCAUUCCCAGACGACGAGCCAACUGACUGGAACGCUACUGACCAUGCUGAAUACCCUGAGUACCCUAUGGAAAGAGACACUGUCUACGUCAGACCAAGUUCCUACGCCGUUCUCAGAUUCAAGGCUGACAACCCAGGUGUUUGGUUCUUCCAUUGUCACAUUGAAUGGCAUUUGGACCAAGGUUUGGCUCUUAUGUUCAUUGAAGACCCAAUGGGUAUUCAAAACAACCCUGAACAACAAUUGACCGAAUCCCACAAGAACGCUUGUAACAAGGCUGGUGUUCCAUUAGAAGGUAACGCUGUUGCCAACACCAACAACUACCUCGACUUGAAGGGAGAAAACGUCCAACACAAGCCAUUACCAACUGGUUUCACCGCCAGAGGUAUUGUUGCUUUGGUCUUCUCCUGUAUUGCUGCUUUCUUGGGUAUGGCCGCCAUUGCCUUCUAUGGUUUGGCUGACAUCCCAGAUGUUGAAGCUAGAGUUACCAGAGAUUUGAAUGUUGAAUAUGAGGAUGAUAUCGCUGAUGAUGAAAUCAUCACUGAAGAUCAACCUUUGAGAGGAUCUCAGGAAAGUUCUAGAAGCAACAGAAGCAACAGAAGUGGUAAGGUUAGAAUCUAA